AUGGCCGACCAGUGCUGUCCACCGCCGCCCGGCAGGCCGCGCGGGCGUUACAUGACCGGCGGCCUGGCCGGCGCAGGUGGUGCCCCGGGCGCCGCCGUUGCCGGUGCGCCGCCACAGAUGCCCAACGUCGGCAUGCCCGCCCUGGCGCCCCACGUCAUGCCGGCGCAGACCACCUUUGCCUCGGCCUUCGCCUCUUCCGCCGAUCCCUCCGCCGCCGCCGCGGGCCUUGCCGACCCCUACGCCCAGCCGCAAGCCAAGAAGCAGCGCAGCGAGCCCAACGGCGGUGCCGGGGCUGGAAUGAUCGGAGUGCCGCUGCUGUACGACGGCGCGCAGGGUGGUACGACCACGUCGACGUCGACGGCGGCGGAGCUGAGCCAGAUCAAGUCGCUGAUGUCGAUGCUGAUCGAGCAGGUGCGCGAGGUCAAGCGCGAGAACGCCGACCUGCGCGAGGAGGUGCUCGAUAUGCGCAUACGCCUGGACGACAACGACGCCAUACACAAGCGGCACAUGGACGAGCUGCGCCGCGAGGUGGCCGCCGCCGGGCUGAAGGGACCGCGCAAGGGCCGCCGAUCGCACGAUUCGUCGCCGUCGUCGUCGUCGUCGGCCUUGUCGCUCUCGACCACUACGCUCGCCAACAGCGGUAACACGACGGCCAACGUGCUCGAGUCGGCACUCCAGCGGCAGGCCAUCAUGACCACCCUGCCCUUCGUCCGGGAGUACAGCGAAUAUCUGGACUCGUUCGUGCUCAACGACGUCAUGACGGAUGCGUUUGCGGUGUUCUACAUGGGGGAGCCCAAGUCAGUCGAGGAGCUCUCCGUCAAUCCGCCGGUGUUCGUGCACGCCUCGCCGGCCUGCUGUGCGCUCACCGGAUUCACCCAGGAGGAGCUGAUGGGCAAGCCGAUCUUCAUGCUCUGCCAGACGGAGAAGGAAAUGAUCUUCGUCAUCCUCACGCGCAUCUUCAGCAAGCCCACCAAGCCCACGGGCGAAAUCUUCGUCACCACCAUGACCUGGGCCACCAAGGACAAGCGCGCCCUCGUCGUGCGCCUGCGCCACCAGAUCUUCUACAACAAACAACGACAGCCCAAGUGGUAUUUUGUGGCGGUGGAGUCGGUGCUGGACGACGACGCGCCGGAGCCGCAGCGGAGCCUGAGCGACAUCCUCCACAACCCGAGCGAGCUGCAGCGCUUCAAGAGCCAGUUCUCGGCCUUCUUCGACUCGCUCUACACCACCAAGACCGUCACCACCACCGUCACCACCCUGCACCACGCCGGCCCCGGCGCCCACGCGCUCAUGGGCAGCUCCAUCCCCGCCGCCUUCCCGCCCUCUUCCUCCACCACAUUCUCCGCAUUCCCGGCCAUGUCGCACCACUUCCCGCACGCCAUGAUCGGCGCCGCCCAGUACUACCAGCAGCAGCCGCCGCAGCUGGGGCCGGCCUCGUCUGAGGACUACUCGCCGUCGUCCGGGUCGAUGUCGGCCUCUUCGUCGUUCGACUCGUCGUCGCCCGAUUCCAACCCGCUCGACCCAGCCACCACAUCAUCGUCGUCGUCGUCGACCUUGUCGUCGAUGUCGUCAUCGACGCAGGCGUGGAGCAACAUCACGCUGGCCGAGCUUUUGGAGGACGACGAGUGCCGAGCCAUCCUACAGGAGCAGAAGCGAAAGGCCGCCGAGAGUCACCAGCUCCAGCUCCAACAGCAGCAGCAGCUCAACCAACAACGCGUCAAUCUCACCAGCGGCAGCGGCGGAGGGAGCGGCAAGUCGUUGGCCGAUCAGAGCCUCGAGGAGCUGCUCGACGAGUUCGUGCCGCGCACUGCCCAGCCCUCCUGA